CCCCCGCCGUCCUCCUCCUUUCCUUCCCGACGCGUGUGCGCGGCCGGCAUGCCUCGGCUCCUCUCAGCAGCUAAGCUGGUUCCCGCUAUAGCGAGCGCCCGCAGCCUCUCAGGAUGCAUAUCCUGUUCUCAGAGAAGGUACUCCCUCCAGCCCAUCCCAGACAGGAGGGUUCCAAAUCGAUACUUGGGCCAGCCCAGCCCCUUCACACACCCACACCUCCUCAGACCAGGGGAGGUGACUCCAGGACUAUCACAGGUGGAAUAUGCACUUCGCAGACACAAAUUAAUGUCUCUGAUCCACAAGGAAGCACAAGGGCAGAGUGGGACAGACCAGACAGUGGUUCUGCUAUCCAACCCUACAUACUAUAUGAGCAAUGAUAUCCCCUAUACUUUCCACCAAGACAACAAUUUCCUGUACCUGUGUGGAUUCCAAGAGCCCGAUAGCAUUCUGGUCCUUCAAAGCCUCCCUGGCAAGCAGUUACCAGCACACAAGGCCAUGCUUUUUGUGCCUCGGAGAGACCCCAGUCGAGAACUUUGGGAUGGCCCUCGAUCGGGCACUGACGGAGCAAUAGCUCUAACUGGUGUGGAUGAAGCCUAUACGCUGGAAGAAUUUCAACAUCUAGUUUCGAAACUGAAAGCCGAGACAAAUACACUUUGGUAUGACUGGAUGAGGCCCGCUCACGCACAGCUUCACUCGGACUAUAUGCAGCAUCUGACUGAAGUCAAAACCAAGAGCAAGAACAAGGUUCGGGCUGUCCAGCAGCUGGUACAGCGCCUACGGCUGAUCAAAUCUCCUGCUGAAAUUGAACGAAUGCAGAUUGCUGGAAAGCUGACGUCACAGGCUUUCAUAGAGACCAUGUUUGCCAGCAAAGCGCCUGUGGAUGAGAGCUUUCUUUAUGCUAAGUUUGAAUUUGAAUGCCGAGCCCGGGGAGCAGACAUCUUAGCCUACCCACCGGUGGUUGCUGGCGGUAAUCGCUCAAACACUUUGCACUAUGUGAAGAAUAAUCAGCUCAUCAAGGAUGGGGAAAUGGUGCUGCUGGAUGGAGGUUGUGAAUCUUCUUGCUAUGUGAGUGACAUCACCCGUACCUGGCCUGUCAAUGGCAGGUUUACGGCACCUCAAGCAGAACUCUACGAAGCUGUUCUAGAGAUCCAGAGAGAUUGUCUGACCCUCUGCUCCCCCGGAACAAGCUUGGAAAACAUCUACAGCAUGAUGCUGACCCUCAUAGGGCAGAAGCUUAAAGAGUUGGGGUUCCUGAAGAACAUUAAGGAAAAUAAUGCCUUCAGGGCUGCUCGCAAAUACUGCCCUCACCACGUUGGCCAUUACCUGGGGAUGGAUGUCCAUGACACUCCAGACAUGCCCCGUUCCCUCCCUCUACAGCCCGGCAUGGUGAUCACCGUGGAGCCAGGCAUUUAUAUUCCAGAGGAUGACAGAGAUGCCCCAGAGAAGUUUCGUGGUCUUGGUGUACGGAUUGAGGAUGAUGUAGUGGUGACGCAGGACUCACCUCUCAUCCUUUCUGCAGAUUGUCCCAAAGAGAUCAGCGACAUCGAGCAGAUCUGCAGCAGGGCCUCUUGACCCUCAUUGCAGCCCACAUGCACCUCAGGUUCCAGGGUGUGCACUGGCAUCUGUGCACCUGAGCUUUCUGAGUGCUGUCUGUGUGGGACAUAAGCUACGUGAGGAGAGUCUAGGACUAUCUGUACACAUCUUGUUCACCAUUGUAACUCCUACAUGCAGGACCAGGCCUGGCACAUGGGUGGCUGUUCCAUUUUGCAUUCCACCUGCAAUGGAUGAGGGAUCCAGUUUCUCUGCAUUCUCUACAACCGUGGCGUUGUCACGGUGUCUUGUUUUGUUUUAUACUUUAGCCAUUCUAAUAGGUGUGGACUGACAUCUAAUUGUGGCUUUAAUUUGCAUUUCUGUAAUGGCCAUUUAUGUUGAACAUCUCUUUCUGUGUUUAUUUGCCAUUUGUAUAUCCUCUGAUGAAAUAGCUCUUUGUCUUUUGC